GAGGUUGGAUUUUGUGGCGCUGUCAAUGGAUUGUCAAAGUGAGAGCGCCAAAAUUGUUUUCCUCCUGAAAAUUCACAUUUUCUCCCCUUUCGCGUGGAAAAUCGUGUAAAAAUGGACAGUGAGGAUGUUGAUUUGCCCUCUGCACAUGUGAAUUACGACAAUGUUGACGAUUUGGAUUAUCCGGAAUUGUAUUUGGGUGACAAAUUUGUUGAGCCAUCAACAGAGGCAACAGAAGAAAACCCUCAAGAUGCUGAAAAUACGACAUCCCAGUCGCAAAAACUGCGACUUCCCGUGAGCAAGAUCAAGAAUAUGAUGAAGCUGGACCAGGAGGCUGGGAAAGUGUCUCUCGAGGCGCUCGUCCUGGCCACAAAAGCCACGGAAAUGUUUCUGGAUGCCCUCGUGAAGGAAGCCUUUACGCACACAAUGGCGGCGAAGAAGAAAACCUUGCAGAAGAAUGACGUGGACAUGGCGAUAUCAUCUGUGGAUGCGUUGUUUUUCCUCGAGGGCUGCUUCAAGACAUGAUUUUCCCC